AUUAGAUUGACUCAUCCAUCCAAACAAAAACAAACCCUCUUCCUCCUCCCACUUACCACAAAAUUCCCCCAAAAUGACAUAUUUGCAACCAAGACUCUUAGGAAAAUUAAGUAUUUUCCUUCUCCUUUGCACAGUUCAAACUUCAUUCUCUUCUUCCCAUCAACCAUUGUCCUCCAGACGCUUUUUGACAACAACCCCAAGUUACAUAGUCAAACAAUACCUUACUCCCCACAACAAAGCUAGAGCAAAACUUGGACUUCCACCUCUCAAAUGGAGCAAUAAACUCGCAAAUUACGCAAGCUGGUGGGGACAUCAACGACAAGUGAGUUGUGAAUUGGUUCAUUCCCGUGGCGACUACGGGGAGAACCUCUUUUGGGGGAGCGGCAAGAAUUGGAAGCCAAGAGACGCCGUCAUGGCGUGGGCGAAGGAAAGACCAUAUUAUGAUUAUAAGAGUAAUUCUUGCAAGAAAAAUGAGCAAUGCUUGCAUUAUACACAAAUUAUUUGGAAACAGAGCACAAGAGUUGGCUGUGCAAAAGUUUUAUGCAAAACAGGGGACACUUUGAUUAGUUGCAACUAUGAUCCUCAUGGUAAUGUAGUAGGAGAAAAGCCCUUUUAACACAACAUUUAUAAUCUUAUUCAAUGUGUGUAUACACUGA